AAUCUUUCACUGAUUUUUGUUAUUUUGCCAAAUCAUUUUCUUGUCAUCUAAUUCUUACUUUUCAUCCCCGGUUUUUUGUUUUUUUUUUUUAGUGUAAGGUUGUGAUUACUGCAAGGCAUUACUUACAAUGGCCAUGCAACUAAGUAUGGAUUCUUCUUCUUCGUUUGCGAGGGUGGUGGUGACUCCAAAAGAGUUUGACGUUUUUAUUAGCUUUUGUGGUGAGGAUACUGGUAGAAAGUUCACAAGCCAUCUUUAUGAAGCUCUGAGCAAGAAAAUUAUAACAUUUAUAGAUGACAAUGAGCUUGAAAAAGGAGACGAGAUCUCGUCAGCACUGAUCAAAGCUAUUGAAGAUUCGUCUGCAUCUAUCGUCAUCUUCUCAAAAGACUACGCUUCCUCAAAAUGGUGCUUGAAUGAACUCGUCAAGAUUCUAGAAUGUAAGAAAGAUCAGGGACAGAUUGUGAUACCGAUUUUCUACGAAAUAGAUCCAUCACAUGUGAGGAAUCAAAAUGGAAGUUAUGGGCAAGCCUUUGCAAAACAUGCACGAGAUUUGAAGCAGAACAAAGAAAUGUUAAAGAAAUGGAAAGAUGCUCUAACUGAAGCAGCCAAUUUAGCAGGGUGGCACUCUCAAAAUUACAGGAUUGAAUCAAAUUUCAUUAAGGACAUUGUUGAAGAUGUUUUGAAAAAAUUGAAUCGGAGAUACCCAUUUGAAGUUAAUAUGCAACUUGUUGGAAUUGAGAAAAAGUAUGAAGAGACUGAAUCAUUACUGAAAAUUUUGUCAAAUGAUGUUAGAUCACUUGGAUUAUGGGGAAUGGGCGGUAUAGGAAAGACCACUCUAGCUAAAGAUUUAUAUGCUAAAUUGUGUUCUCAAUUUGAACGCCAUUGCUUCCUAGAAAAUGUAAGGGAAGAAUCAACCGGGCAUGGACUCAAUGGUUCAAGAAACAAACUCUUUUCUACAUUGUUGGGGAUUCCUCGUGAUGCACCUUAUGUAGAAACCCCAAUUUUUAGAAGAAGACUUGCAUGUGAAAAAAGUUUGACUGUGUUGGAUGAUGUGACAACCUUAGAGCAAGUGGAAAUUCUUAACAUAGAUAAUAUUUGUUUGGGACCGGGUAGUAGAAUCAUUGUCACAACUAGAGAUAAGCAGAUAUGUAACCAAUUUAAUGAAUGUGCAAUAUAUGAGGUCGAGGGAUUGAACGAAGAUGAAUCUCUUGAGGUAUUCUGUUUGGAGGCUUUCAGAGAAAAAUAUCCAAAAAUUGGGUAUAGGGGUCUAUCAAAAAGAGCAAUUGGCUAUUGCGGAGGCAAUCCCCUGGCUUUAAAAGUUUUAGGUGCAAAUUUCCGUACAAAAAGCAAAGAAGCAUGGGAAAGUGAAUUGGAAAAGCUCAAAAAGAUUCCUAAUGGGAGAAUUCAUGAUGUGCUAAAAUUGAGUUUCGAUGACUUAGAUCGUACUCAACAGGAGAUAUUUUUAGACAUUGCAUGCUUCUUCAACUUGGAAUUACAUGCCUGUUUUGGACGAGAUGAAAUAACAACUCUAUUGAAUGCUUGCAAUUUUUUUGCCGUAAGUGGGAUAGAAGUCCUUCUAUAUAAAGCACUCUUAACUAUUGAACAUUAUGAUCAAGUUACAAUGCAUGAUUUGUUAGUAGAAAUGGGAAGAGAGAUUGUUAGGAAAGAAUCUCUUAAAGACCCCGGAAGUAGAAGUCGAUUGUGGGAUCCUAAGGAAGUGUAUGAUUUAUUGAAAUAUAACAAGGGAACUGAAGUUGUUGAAGUUAUAUUUUUCGAUAUUUGUGACUUUGGGGAUCUAUACUUGAGCUCUGCUUCAUUUAAAAGCAUGACCAACUUAAGAUAUCUUCAUAUCCUUAAUAGUUUACAUAAUAUAUUUCUGACAAAUGGAAGAAAUGAAGGAUCCAUUGUGCACCUUCAUGAAGGUCUUGAGUGGUUGUCUGAUAAAUUGAGGUACCUUAAAUGGGAAUCAUUCCCACUUAAUUCUUUGCCAGCAAGCUUCUGUGCUGAAAAUCUUGUACAACUUAGCAUGACCAAUAGCAAACUUAAAAAGCUAUGGGAUGGAAUUCAGAAACUAGACAAUUUGAUGAAAAUUGAGCUUGAUUAUUCCAAAGACCUGGUUGAGAUACCAGACUUAUCUAGGGCGCCAAAUCUUGAACUAGUAUCUCUUUCCUAUUGUGAGAAUCUCUGUAAACUCCAUGAAUCCAUUUUGACUGCCCCCAAGCUUAGUUAUCUACGUUUAGACGGCUGCAAAAAGAUUAAAAGCCUGAAAACCAACAUUCAUUCAAAAUCUCUUGAAUCACUCAGUCUCAAUAAUUGUUCAUCUCUUGUGGAAUUUUCUGUGACAUCAGAAAAUAUGACUGGGUUGUAUUUAUCUUGUACCGCUAUACAAGAAUUACCCUCAUCCAUGUGGCGUAAUAGAAAACUGACUCAUCUCAAUCUAAGUAAAUGUAAGAAGCUUAACAUUGCUGAGAAGAAUUUACCAAACGAUCCAGGAUUGGAGUCUCUUAUAUUUUGUGACCUGUCAGGAUGCACUCAAAUCAACACAUGGAAUCUGUGGUUCAUAUUUCAUUUCAUACGAUCUGUAAAACACCUAAGGAUGGUAAACUGCUGCAACUUAGAAAGUCUCCCUGACAACAUCCAAAACAUUUCAAUGUUGGAAUGGCUUUGUUUAGAUGAAUGCCGGAAACUCAAAUUCAUACCAAAGCUUCCUGUAUCCUUGCGAAACUUGAGUGCUGCUAACUGCAUUUACGUGGACACUGGAUCUGUUCAACGAUCAAUGCUUGAGAACAUGAUACAGAGACACCUCACCAACUUCAGGGAUAGAUCAAAUUGUUUUCAGGAGUUUUUUUUCCUUCCCGGUGACCAAAUUCCGUGCGAGUUUUAUUUUCAAUCAACAGAGGCCUCGAUAGUUAUUCCUCCUAUUCCAAAAUCUGAUUUGUGUUGUUUAAUUUUUUGCAUCAUUUUCUCUGAGGGCUUAACUUUUUUCUACAACAACCUUUGUUGUACUAUCUAUCAACACAAAAAAGAAGUCCACCAAUGGGAUACAAAUUGGGGGAAUGAACGUACACUAUUUUCAGAUCAUGUAUUGAUAAUUUGUUGGUGUCAUUAUAACAAAUUGGUUGAGUUGGGGAGUGAAAGAGGAAGUGAUGAUUACAACCUUACAUUUGAAUUCAAAUUGAAAGAAUAUGUUGAUGACGAGGAACAAUGGUCAACUAUUGAGGGGAUAAAGGGUUGUGGGGUCUUCCCUGUAUAUGACUUAGGGCUGGAUGGUAGUAGCAGCAGUAGAUUUGAAACUGUUGAAAUCGAAUCCGGUGUUCAAAUCUCUGAUGAGUCUGAUCAACAUUCAAACUUUGAUAUUGAUGAGCUGCAACACCAUGCAACUGAAGCUGAAGUCGGAAAAGAUUGUGGGUUCUUCCUUGAAUAUGACUUGGAACUUAGGUUCGGGCUGCGAGAUGACCAACAAUAACAAUUUAUUCCCCUAACAAAGAGGAAGAGGACUUGAAUAAUAGAUAUUUGCAUGAAUGUUUCAAAUCGGUCUUUUGAAGCACCUGCUACUGCUAAAAGAAUCAAAAUAUCUAUUUCUCUUGUUUCUCAAGCCGAACGUCAAGGCAGCAUGGUAACAUUCAUUUAUCAAUAUCCCUUGUUGCAGUGGAUCAUUAGUAAUAUAAAGUUGCACGCUUGUAGUAAAUUCAUCAUUUCAAUGUGAAAGUGCAAUGGUAAAACUGUUAAGAGACUUUCUCAUUGUAGAAAUCUUCCUAAUUUUAUUCAGUUCUUUUGUGUCUUGCUUUUGUUGGUAUUAA